AACGAUUUCCUGUGAAAUGUUUUCUUAAAAGUAAAUAAUUAACUUAGUGUUAAGGAGUGCAGGUCAUUGAAAUAUUUUAUGUACAUGCAAAAUGUGAACACAAAUGUCCUGAUCAAGCCUUUCUUCACCCCACUCAGUCUUUAAAUAUGAUAACAUCAACUUCUGUUCCCUUAGUUUUUUUGUGCAUUAUGUACUUUAAUAAUGUUUACAGUUUAUAGCUACUCUCAAAGACAGCUUCACAAAAGAUGACUGUAGUUCAGACCAUUCAUGUCAUAAUUUUGCAGCAACUGUUGAGAAUACUUUGCUGGAUAAAAUGCAACGAGUAUUUUUCAAACACUAGGAUUAAAUAUCUCAACACGCAAGAUGUCCAUAUCUUAUUUCAUAAAUUUUCAUUCAAUUGAUAAAGGAAGUACAAUUAUGCAAAUAACGUUUAGAUAAAACAUGAGAUAUUUCAUAUUGAAAAGUGUUUAUGCAAAGAUUUUACAUUAAAACGUUUCAGUAGCGGGCAAAAUGGAGGCAAGAUUGAUUAUUUUUCUUUUGGUCGUACGAGGUGUUGUAAUUUCAGUUCCAUUUUUUUGUGGACCAGAUGGAAUAUGUUUGUGUGAGGCUUAUAAUCAGAUGGAUUGUUCCAAAACAAAUUUAUCGAUGUCAAAAGUAUGUGGAUUUAUAAGAAACUCAUCUAUUUUCAAUGUUUCAGUCUUGCGUUUGGAGCUGAACGAUUAUCAAAUGAUAAAAAAGUUUGACUUGGAAGGAUGUGAUGAACUGAAUGAGUUGUAUCUUGGACAAAAUGAAAUAAGCUCUAUAGAAAACGGUUCGUUUGCCAGAUUUGAUCGUCUUGAGCUACUUGAUAUUAACAACAACUGUUUGGCUAUAUAUAAUGGAACAGUUCAACAAGGCUUUAAAUUUCCUCUAACAACAAAGGCACUUAAAUUGAAUGGAAAUUCGAAAGCAGAUACAAGUGGACAAGUAUCAUAUCCGGAUUUAUCUUAUUUAAGUAACCUUGAAGUUUUGUACAUGGAUGGUCUGAAGGACAAAAUGUUUCCAGAGUUCUAUCGCAUGAUUAAGACAUUACAAAAGCUAGUUCUGUCUGGAUUGAACGGAAACUGUAAUAUCUCUGUAAUUACAAACUCUACAUUGCAAAACCUUCUUCAUGUGAGAACUUUGAAUAUGUCUUCUUGUAACAUAGAAAACAUAUAUGCCGGGGCUUUUAAAGGCAUGCAACAUUUAGAAAUAUUAGAUUUAUCUAAGAAUUUACGUCUUGGAUUUCGCAUGUUGGAAAAUAUUUCAUACAGCUUACAGUUUACUAGAAUCAAAUCGUUAAACUUCUCUAAAGUUUAUAAUACGUUUGGUAUAGGAACACAGUUAAAACUUCGUGAUAUUUGUUACCUUUGGAAUACAACAUUGAAUGAACUUGUUUUAAACAGUAAUCGAAUUCAGUUAGUUCAAACAAAUUUGUUGAUACUUGUUCCAAGAAGUUUAAAAACCCUCCGCGUAGAAGACAAUAAAUUUACGUUUGCACCUUAUCAACUACAAUUUGCCUGUAUGGUUAGUUUGGAGGAAGUGUACGCUAGCGACCAAUAUAGCGCUCAUAAUCCUCUUUUGUACGGAAGGGAACCCGCUGAAAACUAUACCGAAACUAUGAAAGACGAUUCUUAUUGUCCGUAUAUGCAAACUGAGUUCUUGCGAAAUAUAAGCAAAAGCACUGAAAACUGUCCUUAUUUUGAAAAUAACCAUAUAAAUGUGUCCUACCCACAUUUUCCAAAAAGCCUAAAGAAAGUGGAACUUGCUCGUAGUAAUUAUAAAUAUAAUAUUACAACAUUUCUAGUUUUGCCAAUGAAUAACAUGGUUGAAUAUUUGGAUUUUUCUGACAAUAUCGGUUAUGCAUUGACAGGGCCUAUAGGACCAUUUCCCAAACUGAAAUAUCUGUAUUUAUCUCGAAAUUAUUGUUCACAUAUUGGAGUUAAGUUUUUUAAAUUCUUUAAAGCUCUUGAAAUUCUCCAGCUGGACGAAAAUUUCCUUGGAAUAGUUCUUUCAAAUGAACACUAUGGUCCCGUGAUAUUUGAAGGGUUAGUGAAUGUCAAAGUUUUGAACUUGUCAUCAAAUAUUAUAUCGUACUUACCAUCAACAGUAUUUACAAACAUGUCAAGUCUAGAAACAUUAGAUUUAAGUGUGAACAGCAUUGAAAAUUGGAAUAUUGAUGUAAAUACAUUGAACAAUUUGGUACAUUUAAAUCUGAGCUCUAAUUCUUUUCACGCGCUCCCUACUGUACUCACAAACAAACUGGAAUCAAACGCUAAACAAAAAGGGGAAAAGUUCACAAUUGAUCUUAGAAAGAAUUCAUUCACAACAAACUGUGACGAAAAGGAGUUUUUAGAGUGGAUGGUCAAACAUAGAGAUAAUAUGCUCCACUUUAGAGAUUACACAUUCCGAAACAAAACAGGCGCGACUCUUUCAGUUGAACAAUUUGUUGAAGCCGUUAAUAAACUUGAUAAAGAAUGUCGCUCGUACACAGCUGUAAUUGUUUUCAGUUCAAUCGGCGUUUCAGUAUUUCUUUCAAUUGUUGUUGGAGGUAUCAUCUACAAGAACCGAUGGAAAUUAAGAUAUUUAAUGAGGAUUACUAAAAUCAGACAAUUAGGCUAUAACAGACUUUAUAAUGAUCCUGAUGAAGAUUUAACAUAUGAUGCGUUCAUAUCUUAUGCAAAUGAAAACCUACGUUUCAUACUGGACAAGAUUAUUCCGCGUAUGGAGGAACAGGAAAUGAAGUUGUGUUUACACGAUAGGGACUUCUUACCUGGAAACAAUAUUGCAGACAAUAUCCUUGAAGCGAUAAGAAACAGCAGAAAAACUGUUGUAAUUCUGUCGAAUGAAUUCUUGAAAAGCAAAUGGUGCGUAUAUGAGUUCAAUAUGGCGAGGAUGGAAAGUAUCUAUUCUCGAGGGGGUGAAAAUUGUCUUGUAGUUGUUAUGUUAGAAGAUGUCCCAACCAGAAAUAUGACCACUGAAAUGUUGCAAUGGAUAAAGUCCAAUACGUAUAUAGAAUACACGACAGAAGAAGAAGGAGAACUACUUUUUUGGGAUAACCUCAUGGAAGCGUUAAGGGAAUGAUUUCAUGUCACCCUAUAGUAGAAGUUUCAAGUUCAGAGAAACCGAUGUUUUUACUACGACAGCACCCCAACCUACUAAUAACGUUUUCAUUUUCACUGCUCAUUACGUGCGAUUUUAUAUUUCAUGAAAAUGUCUGUUGAACUCGAUGACUUUAAUAAUGACGUCUUAUAAGUAUAUUGAUUAGGGUAUCGCCACAUUUCCAAUACAACUUCUGAGCUUAUUUAAUGUCGCUUAAUCAAAUAAGCUCAGACCUUUUCCGCGUGCGUAUGAGAAAGCGAACUAUCGAGAACAUACAAGGGUACUUUCUUUUGCUUGUUUAAAUAUAGAUUUCAUUACUCAAUAGCUGUAUGAUGUGUAACUUGUAUCUGUAUAUGUUUGUGAAUCACUGGCGCCAGAUCAGAAAGAAAAUGCCUUUGUACAUGUUAUACCCUACCCCUAG